AACAAGAAUUCAUUCAAUUUUUUUUCUAGCUCUUUUCUCAUGGAUUCUUUUGCAAAUUUAUUUAGAGAACCAUUUCAAAUUUUUACAACUAUUCUUCUUAGUCUUCUUUUUCCUCUUUCUUUUCUUAUAAUUUCUAGGCUAUCUGUUGCACAUUAUCUUAUUGAUCUUGUAGGUUAUUCAAAAACAGAAAUUUCAAAUAAUUGUGAUUUACUAAUCAAAUUUUUUCUUCAAGUUAACCCUAUUUUUCUACAUGUUCUUGUUUCUAUCAUCAGUGUUGCUGCACUUUCUCAUACCUUAACCGGUGGUACCUCUUGCUUUAUCAAGCGUACCCUAGAGCCUGUCUCGAGACUGCGAUUAUACGCCGCGUGGUUUUUCGUAUGCAUAUUGCAAAUUUGUGUUGGUUUAGGCAUUGAAGGUAGUAUAGCUGCUGGAGUUGAUGCUUAUGAAAUUGGUUAUGAAAGGGGAUUUUUGACAAGAGCUAUAUUCUUCUUGGGAUUAAAUGAAACAAUGUUCUUUUGGUCCAAUAUUUUUGUGAAGCCAGUGGUGGAUGACACAGUUUUUGGCAUUCUAAAAGAAAAUAGAUGGAUUGAAAAAGCAGCAUUGGCAAUGAGUUUUGGUGGACUUUGGUGGUGGAGAUUGAGAGAUGAAGUUGAGUUUUUAGUGGUUGUGGUGGAGAAAAAAAGAGACUUGUUGAUUAGUAUUGGAUUGGCUGAUUUUGUUGGUUGGUGGUUGUAUUAUUUAACUGUUACAAUUGGUAUGAUCAAAAUUGUGAAAAGUCUUGUUUGGCUUGUUUAUGUAAUGUUUGGUAGAAGAGUUGUUGAUAUUGACAAUACUGUUGGUGACUCUAGGAACAAUGAUGAGAAGGUCUGAAUUUGGACAUACUCUUUUUUUUUUCCUUGUAUUUUUCCUUUUGUGUAAUUUCUACUUUUGGUAGAGUUAUUGAGUAUAUGUUUAUACCAAACCACAUGAAUUUAAUGUGGUUAAAUGAUGAAUUAAUUUAGUGAGAACAUGCUAUAUGUUUUACGUUUA